GCGGCCUUAGCAACGCCAGCGAGCGGUGGACGCCACGGUUGCGGGCACGGUGGGCGGGAAGCCUUGGGCCGGGCGCGCCGGCGGGCGACAUGGCAUGCUGUACAAGUUCAGGCCAAUGGAAGAAGAAAGCUGCAAAAGUUGAAUUGAAUGAAACUCAAAAGCAAGAAAUUAAAGAGGCUUUUGAUUUAUUUGAUGUUGAUGGCUCUGGAACCAUAGAUGUGAAAGAAUUAAAGAUUGCAAUGCGGGCCUUGGGAUUUGAGCCAAAGAAAGAAGAAAUUAAACAUAUGAUAGCUGAAAUUGACACCGAAGGAACUGGCACCAUUAGUUUUGAAGAUUUUCUUGCUGUUAUGAGUGUAAAAAUGGUAUGGUGA